AUGCCUUUCCACAAUGGCCUCCUCCCUCGCGAGGGCUUCAAGGGCGACACCCUCAUCUCCCUAAUCGGAAAGACCGCCUUCAAUGCCAAACUCCUCCUUCCCCUCUUCCUCGCCGCCAAGUACACCAAGCGCGGCCAAGACCUUUCCAUCCUGCACCCGACAGCCUUCAAGCGCAUCAAGACCCUCCUCAUCCUCGCCCUCAUCGGGGCCGCCAACCGCUACCUGAACCGACGCGUCCUCAACAACGGCGUCUCCGACACCUACGACUGGGCGCGCGAGAUUGUCCUCAUCACCGGUGGCGCCGGCGGCAUCGGCGGGGAGAUGGUCAAGCUCUUCGCGGAGAAGGGGGUGCGGGUCGUCGUCCUCGACAUACAACCCCUGACCUUCAACGCCGGCCAAAACGUGCACUACUUCAAGUGCGACCUGACGAACCGGGCCAACGUGGCCUCGGUCGCCCAGGAAGUUCGCAAGAAGGUUGGCGACCCGACGGUGCUGAUCAACAACGCGGGCGUGGUGCAGGGCCGCACGGUGCUGGAGACCACGGAGAAGGACCUGCGCUUUACCUUCGACGUCAACCUGUUCGCGCACUACUACACCUCGCAAGAGUUCCUGCCGUACAUGAUCAAGCGCAACCACGGCAUGGUGGUGACGGUGGCCAGCUUCGCGUCCUGGGUGUGCGUGCCCAACAUGGUGGACUACGCCGCCUCGAAGGCGGCCGCGCUGUCGUUCCACCAGGGCCUGACGGCCGAGCUGCAGAGCACGUACAAGGCACCCAAGGUCAGGACCAUCGUGGUCAACCAGGGAUACACCAGGACACCGCUGUUCGAGGGGUACCAGAACGAUUCGCCGUUUAUGAUGCCGCCGCUGGAGCCGGCGACGGUGGCGGAGGCGGUGGUUAGGAAGGUGUUGACGGGCGAGAGCGGCCAGGUGGUGGUGCCCAAGACGGGGAACAUCAUAAGCGCACUGGCGGCCUUCCCGCUUUGGUAUCAGACGCGGUUGAGGGCGAAGAAUGUGACGAUUAUGAGCCAGUUUAAGGGCAGGAAGGUGGUCAAGGAUCUGGAUACGUUUUAUGAAGGGAGGGAGAAGGGGAAGGAUGCGAAGGGCGGGGAUGGGCCGGAGGCUAGCACUGUGCUUGUUUAA